GAUGUCCGCCGGCACGCCCUUGUGUAAGGAGAACGCGCCGAUUGGGCGAACUGGCGGGAGACGUCAUCGCAAACCGCGCUACUAUUGGUCGUAAAAGACACCACGCCUGUCUGUCGUCACGCGCGGGGCGGGGUCGUUUAAAGCCACAUUUCCACACGCGCUGAGUGUGCAGAGUGUGAUCCCCACGCCGGUGUUAGCAAACAGCAGCUCCUCAGUAGAUCUAGCCUUAAACAUAGUGAUCUGACGAGUCGUUGAAGGUGCAGAGCAACUGACAACACUCAGCCACUGACUCUCACACGUAAAGUGAAAGCAUGGAAGCUCGCCAGAGGCUAAAAGCCGCUGAGUGGAUCUGAAAGCACAUGGACUUUUAGGAGCUCCCAUCUCAUCUAGUGCAGUUUGUCACUAAACGCUCCCCUAGUGAGUAUCCACAUCUUCCUCAGGUGACGAGCAGACAUGGCCGGCAGGGGUCGAGGAGCCGCUGCCUUCAGCUUCAACCUCGAGUCUCUGGGCAUCGGCAGGGGCAGCAUGCCAGAGGCCAGGGUGGGGCCAACGCCACUGUUUCCAAACACAGAGUUUAAACCAGUGCCGCUGAAAGUCAGUGAAGAGGAGGACUACAUGUUGGCCCUGAAGCAGGAGAUGAGGGGAACAAUGCAGCGGCUGCCGCACAACAUCAAGCCUCUGUGCAAUAAAGCAGAAGUGGAGCGAUACACGGAGCGAUACCUGAAGAAGAGCAAGGUGGUGGAUGAAGAGUGGAUUCCAGACUGGAACCUAUUCCCCAAAGAACUGAUGCCCCAGAAGAAAAAACCCCGGGCUAAAGCAGUUGCGAAGAAAACAACGAAGGUGUCAAGCAAAGACUCAGCGGACAUGAUGACUAAAUUAGAUGAACUGGCAAAGAAAGACGACGGGAACGCAGAAAAAUCUGACGACGAGAAUGAGAAGGAGAAGAAGAAGAAUGAGGAUGAGGAGGAGGAAAUUGAGGCGGAAGAAUACGAUGAAGAGGAUGUUGAAGAGGAAAACGACUACAUAGAUAACUAUUUUGACAACGGUGAAGACUUUGCUGCAGCCAGUGACGACAAUAUGGAUACUGAAGCGACAUACUGAGACCACAAGACCUCACAAACCAAGCAAGUGUUCAACUGCUGGAGCAAAUGAUCACUGUGAUUAUUCCUAUUGGUUGCAUAUUGUAGAUAAGUUGAAAUUGCUAUUCAGCAGAGUGAUCGUUUAGUUUGCAGUAGUUUUCUUUGUGUGUGUGUGUGUGUGUGUGUGUGAGUUUUGAGAAGCAAUGUUUCCUAAAUGACUUCUCUAAAUGAAAGAUGCCAAACUAUGUGCAUACUGGCAAUAAUUUAUUCAAAAUAGAUUUAUUUAUUAUCCAGCCUGUAGCAGUCUUCCACAGGCUGAAAGGCACAUACUGUCAACAACACAAACUGCUUUGUCAUAAAAUAUGAACACGGUGAUGAAAUAAAAGGGCUAUAUAACAAAGUCUGAAAUUACAUAAUUACAAGUUUGAGUCAUUGUGGGAAUACUGUGCAUAUCCCCAUUUUCUUCACCAUGCUCUUAACAGUUUUUAAUAAAUUUGUUUUCAACAAAACACAGUUCUCUCCGGGGAACUCCCAAUACUGAUAGGGAAAUAAAUUAAUUCUGUAUUGAGUGUAAAGGAGGCAACAUUCAUAUUUUUGCAACCAAAGGUGUUGAGAAAUGUUUUACAUGGAAACAAAUACAGUUGGACCAAUCUGAGUUAUUUUGUGGAUUUGGAGUUAAAUAAAAUCCACAGCUUUGGUCACUGAUUCGUCACUGUGGAAACGGUUGAGGGCUCUUCUGUCUUUGUGUGGAGUUUCCUGAAAAUGCAGCAGCCCAGAUGACAAAAACAUCACGGGUUCUCCUGGCUUUGCUGAUGACACAAACUCUGAGACUCAACA